AUGGCGACUGCGGAGGAGCUACGGCAACGGCUUCAUCUACAGGAGGCGAAGCACACGGCUGACGUCCAGAGGCUAAACGUUCAGAUCCAGGAACUCCGGAGGAUAGUGAAGGAGCUGGAGGAGCAGGACGCAGGUAAUGUGGGCCGACUGCAAAGCUCUGACAGCUUCACACGCAGGGUGGAGUGGACCAUCCCAGACUUCAAGAAGGAGGAGCGAAGUACCGUGAGGGGCCAACCCCUCUGGUCGCCGCGAUUUAGCAUUGCAGGCGUGAAUAACGUCCGUUUGGAGUUCCUCCCGAAGGGUCGAGACAAGUCUUACGAAGGAUUUUGCUCGCUUUUCCUUUGGUGUCCGGCUGGCGUGAAGAUCAGGUAUCAGCUCUGGGUCGGUAGCUUCCUCAAGGCGCCUGACCUGGAUGAGUACAAAGGGGAGAUAGGCCAUGGGCAUUCCAACUUCUGUCCCCUAGAACCGGAGAUCGACCGGAAAGCAGACUCUAUCACGGUCGGUGUUGACAUUAUCGAGGUCAUCAUCAGCCAUGAGCUGACAGAGAAGGGUCUGACGCUGACCUCUUGGCCACUGCAGAGGCUAGUCGCAAAGGAGGCCGAAGUCUUGGAAAACCGCGGGGUGAACCAGGUCAUUUGGAAGAUCAACAAGAUCUCCGAAUGCAUGAAGAACUACCCACGCGGGUCGUCCAUGUGCAGCAAGUCCUUCACUGCAGGAGGAAUCAGCGAGAUUCUGAUGGAGUUUUACCCCAAUGGCAGCCAGAUCACCAAGAAGGACGGCCACUGCUCGUUCUACCUGAGGUGUCCUGAUGGCGUGUCAAUGAUCGUCACCCUCAUCGUCGGCAAGACGAGAAAGGGGCCCAUCAAGACCACCUUCGACACCGCCUCGGGGAAGGGUCUCCCGGACUUUUGCCCUGUGAAGGAUGAAAUCAACUGGGACGACGACUCAAUAGAGGUCGGCAUCGAGUUGCAGAACAGACCGAGCAAGGUCCUCACGCUCACGUCGUGA